AUGAAGUACCUCAGCACAAGAGGUGGCGCCGAGCGUCUCACCUUCGAGCAAGCCGUACUUACCGGUCUCGCUCCCAACGGAGGUCUCUUCAUCCCCGCACAGAUCCCUCAGCUGCCCGCCAACUGGCAAUCCGAAUGGGCCGACCUCUCCUUCCCCGAGCUCUCGCACCGCGUCCUUUCUCUCUACAUCCCCGAGGAUCCAGCACAGGGCGGUAUUCCAUCAGCCGAUCUCCAGCAGGUCAUCAAAAAGUCGUACGCCACUUUCCGACACAACGACACCACACCGCUCGUACGCCUCGACGACAAGGAGUGGUGCCUCGAGCUGUGGCACGGUCCCACAUUUGCUUUCAAGGACGUCGCGCUGCAACUUCUCGGGAACCUCUUUGAAUACUUUUUGCAGCGAAGGAAUAAGGGCAAGCCGCAGGACCAGCGCGAGAAGCUUACCAUCGUCGGUGCCACUAGCGGUGACACGGGCAGUGCUGCUAUCCAGGGUGUCCGAUCCAAGGAGGACAUUUCCAUCUUCAUCCUCUUCCCCGAUGGUCGUGUCAGCCCUAUCCAGGAAGCACAGAUGACCACCGUGCUCGACGACAAUGUCCACAAUGUUUCGGUGCAGGGAACGUUUGAUGACUGCCAGGACGUCGUCAAGGCGCUCUUCUCCGACGCCGAGUUCAACGCCAAGCACCGUCUCGGCGCCGUCAACUCGAUCAACUGGGCGCGUAUCCUUGCCCAGAUCGUCUACUACUUUUCCGCAUACUUCAGCUUCCGCAAGCAGCUCGGCUUGUCUGCCUCGGAGCCUACGCCCAAGGACCUCGAGUUCGUUGUACCCACGGGCAACUUUGGUGACAUUCUCGCCGGCUACUACGCCAAGCGCAUGGGUCUUCCCGUCUCGCGACUUGUGGUGGCGACCAACGAGAAUGACAUUUUGCAGCGAUUCUGGGCGACCGGUCGAUACGAGAAGUCGAGCGCUGCUUCAUCCAGCUCGGGCGCGUCCUCGGUGCAGACCGAGCCAGCGCAAGGCUCUUCGGACGGUGCGCAGCAGCAGGGCGGUGUGCGAGCCACGCUCUCGCCCGCAAUGGACAUCCUCGUCUCGUCCAACUUUGAACGUUUGCUCUGGUACAUCGCCUACGAGUCGCAAGCCGCCUCACACGCCAAUGCGUCUCAGCAAGAGAAGGAGGAAGCAGCUGGCAAGCAACUCGCGUCGUGGAUGCAAUCGCUCAAGACCGAGGGCAGAAUGCAGGUCGACGACCAACAGCUCGCCAUCGCCCGUCGCGAUUUCGCUGCGGAACGAGUCUCAGACCAAGAGAUCCGCGAAACCGUACUCCAGUACUUCACCCGCAAACCCACCGCAGCCUUCCCCGCCGGCUCUUACCUCAUCGACCCGCACACCGCCGUCGGAUUCAAGGCCGCCGCAAAUGUCGCCGCCGCCACCAAGCCUCAUCAGAUCGUCCUGUCCACUGCGCACCCUGCCAAGUUCGCAGAGGCGGUCACGUCCAGUCUGGAGUCCGCCGGCGCCGAGUUUGAUUUUGAGCGCGACGUGCUUCCCAAGGAGAUGGCCGGUUUGCUCGAGAAGGAGAGGCGCGUGAUCGGGGUCAAGCCCGAGGGCCAGCCUGGCGUGGAGGGUUUGAUCACGGCGGUCAAGGCUGUGGUAGAGAAGCAGGCGGAUGUGGUCAAGGCUCGCGCUGAGUCUGCUAAUACUGCUAGCGUGUAG